AUGCUGCGCGCAAUCGAUCUUCAGGCUCCGGGCGGAGGCGACGGCGAGCUUGCGGCGUACUCGGCGGCGCGGCAGCGGCGGAGGUGGGCGAGCCAGCGGUCGGACGAGGCGGUGCUGGCGCAGGCAAGGGAGCGGCUCCUUGCGCUGAAGCGGGAGGAGGCGGCGAAGGCGGAGGCGCAGCUGCACGCCGCGGACGAGUUGGGCAAUGGACGAGCAGCUGAUGAACCGCACGUUGAUGGAAUGCUCAUUCAGGCGCAGCUCCACGCCGCCAUCGGCGGGGGCAGCCCGGCGGAGGCGACGAUUCGGGCGGCGGGCUUGGCGGGGCGGAGAGGCAACCUCGACAAGAAGGGGAGCGAGAAGGCGCCGCGCAGGGCGGGCAACCAGGCGCUUAAUGAUGUAAUCUCCCUGUAA